UUUCCUUUAACGUUAGCUGUAUUUUUGAAGUGGAAUUCUUCUCACUAUCUCCCUAUUUCCCUUUACUGUUAUUGGAUGCGUACUGGCUGUGAGGCACUGCUGGGAGCUGCAGCGAGGCCUCUCAGAGAUGAAGAAGCUCUUCUCUGCUUCCGAGGGUCUCCCAUCUCACGGGGAGUGGGGGAAGUGCCCCAAAGAAGGGGUGCAAAGAAGGCGUUGUCAUGCUGGCUGUGUCAAGAGGAGGACCAACCUAGAGGCCUUGCAGAAGAAGCUGGAGGAGCUGGAGCUGGAUGAGCAGCAGCGGAAGCGCCUCGAGGCUUUCCUGACGCAGAAGCAGAAAGUGGGAGAGCUGAAGGACGAUGACUUUGAGAAGAUCAGUGAGCUCGGCGCCGGCAAUGGUGGCGUGGUGUUCAAGGUCUCUCACAAGCCUUCCGGCCUGGUCAUGGCCCGAAAGCUUAUCCACUUGGAGAUCAAGCCGGCCAUCCGCAACCAGAUCAUCCGCGAGCUGCAGGUGCUGCACGAGUGCAACUCACCCUACAUUGUGGGCUUCUACGGGGCCUUCUACAGCGAUGGCGAGAUCAGCAUCUGUAUGGAGCACAUGGAUGGGGGUUCCUUGGAUCAAGUCCUGAAGAAAGCUGGAAGAAUUCCUGAGCAAAUUUUAGGAAAAGUUAGCAUUGCUGUAAUAAAAGGCCUGACCUAUCUGAGGGAGAAGCACAAGAUUAUGCACAGAGAUGUCAAGCCCUCCAACAUCCUGGUCAACUCCCGUGGGGAGAUCAAGCUCUGUGACUUUGGGGUCAGCGGGCAGCUCAUCGACUCCAUGGCCAACUCCUUCGUGGGCACCAGGUCCUACAUGUCGCCAGAAAGACUGCAGGGCACCCACUACUCAGUGCAGUCGGACAUCUGGAGUAUGGGGCUCUCUCUGGUGGAGAUGGCGGUUGGGAGGUACCCCAUCCCCCCUCCAGAUGCCAAGGAGCUGGAGCUGAUGUUCGGGUGCCAGGUGGAGGGAGACGCGGCCGAGACGCCUCCCAGGCCCAGGACCCCUGGAAGACCCCUCAGCUCAUACGGAAUGGACAGCCGGCCUCCCAUGGCAAUUUUCGAGCUGCUGGAUUACAUAGUCAAUGAGCCACCUCCAAAACUGCCCAGUGGAGUCUUCAGUCUGGAAUUUCAGGACUUUGUAAAUAAAUGCUUAAUAAAAAACCCUGCAGAGAGAGCAGACUUGAAGCAGCUCAUGGUUCACACGUUCAUCAAGCGGUCUGAUGCUGAGGAGGUGGACUUCGCAGGUUGGCUGUGUUCCACCAUUGGCCUUAACCAGCCCAGCACACCGACCCACGUGGCCAGCGUCUGAGCUGGGGCUGAGAGGCCUCUGCCGGCAGUCACCGAGCUCACUGCUCCAGCCUCUCCCAUGCUUGUCUCCAGACGUGCAUUUCACCUGUGACACAGGAUGAAGACACAGCAUGUGCCAAGCUGUACUCGUGUUACUUUUCAUAGUCUUUAUUAUCACUGUUGUUACCCCUAAGUGGAUUGGCUUUGUGCUUGGGGCUGUUUGUGUGCUGACGAUCGAACACGUGCCGGCUGGACAGUGACGUGGUGACAGUGGUUGUUGCAGUUUCCGCUCUGUGUGGCUGUCCCAGUCGCCAGUGUCUCCGGGCUCCGGGACACCUGGUGACACUUCCCCCUGCCAAAGUGCACCUUCUCUCAGCAGAGGAGGGGCCGCUGAGUCCUGUCCCUGGCAGCGCAUGUGACGCAUGCUGUGCUGCUGUGACACGAGCAUUGGAAAGUGGACAUCACAUCAUGUUUUGCUUUUGAUGUAAAAUUCAGGAAUUUCCAUCAAAAUCUAGCCAGAGCCCCUCACUGCCAUGAAAGCCGGGGCAUCACCAGUCUGUCUACCUGGUGAUCUAUAGACUUUGGUUGUGUUUCUAUAUUUAUUUUAAAAUACACUAUGUGGGUACUUAGUGGUGUACGUCUCUUUAGGUUUGGAUUAGUGUUUCUAAAAUAAUGGAGUUAUUUUGAAUGUCAC